ACCUCAAAGUGCGGAUAUCUUUAUUUCGUGUAUUCCAGCUAUUCCUCCCGCGCUCCUGGGCCCAUAACCUGUUGAGAGGGCGGCAGUGAGGUAGUGCUGUUUCAAUAAGAGAUACCGGACCUUCUAAUAUGCGCUCUUGUAAUAUAAGUUUAUUUAAGAGAUACUCGUGUACAUGCUCGUGUCUCUGGCAGUACAAGAAGGAUGCCAGCUAUAGGAGGAGGGGGAGGGCGACGACGAUCAGUGUUGCCACCAGCACCGACGUAUAGGAUCAGCCGAGACUUGUAGACCGUUGCGUCCGCUCCAAUAAUAUGUAACAUGCAGCAAAAUAAUUCCUAUUGUAAAUUGUUUAACGAAAACUAUGGAAAAGUCAUUGCCUAAUACGGAAGCUGGUAUAAUUUUACAUCAAAAUAUUCAAAAUCAAAUAUUCAAACGAUUUUACUCAGAAGAAUCAAAUAUUGAAAAAAAUGAAAUCCUUGCAAUAUCGACUAUAUUGGAUCCGCGGUUUAAAAAGCUUCAUUUUCGAAGUUCUCUGUCAGUUUCAAUUACUAUUGAAAAAAUAUGUAAGCUGAUGAGAACUAGUAAAGCUGUAACAGUUGAAUUGGAUAAGCCACAAAAUUUAGUUCCUGUAGUAAAUGAGAACUUUUGGAAUAUUCACGAAGAAUUAGUAACUUCUACCAACCCUACCGAUGAACCUGGAGGUGUUCCUGUCGAACUGAGACAGUUUUUAAAUCAAACUGUUAUUAAAAGAACUGACGAUCCUUUAGCUUAUUGGUAUCAAGUAAAAACGGUAUAUCCAAAUUUAUAUAAAAUAGCUAUUAAGUAUUUAUCUAUCGUUGGUACUUCUGUUCCAAGCGAGCGUGUAUUUAGCAAAGCAGGUAAUAUUUUAACAGAAAAAAGAAACCGUCUGAAUGCUGAAAGACUAUCCAAGUUAAUAUUUUUAAGUUCUUUGAACGAAAUUUACUGGCAGGAAUUCCUUUAA